GCCGUGUCAUGGAGGCUCAGUCUCCGAGCAGCCAUUGAAGGGGAAGGAACUGCGGGUGUGUGUAUGUGUGUGUGCGCGUGUGAGUGCGCGCGCGAGUGUGUGGACAAGGAGGUGGGGGCAGCCGAGUUAAGAGUCCUAACUCCUUGGACUCCAUUUGCUAUUCUCUUUUUUCUCCCACACACCUAUCUGGUGGUGGUGGGCGUUUAAAUUUGCUUUUAUUUUCAUUCAUUUUGAAAUCUUUUAAAAUUUUAGGGUUGGGGGGUAGUGAGAGGCAGGAAAGGGUAAGGGAGGAGAGUAAUAGCAGAAAAGCAGGAGUAGGUCAUGGAGAUGAAGAAGAGGAUUAACCUGGAGUUAAGGGACAGAGCCCCGGAGGAGGUGACAGAGUUGGUCCUUGAUAAUUGCCUGUGUGUCAAUGGGGAAAUUGAGGGCCUGAAUGAUACUUUUAAAAAACUGGAGUUUCUGAGUAUGGCUAAUGUGGAACUAAGUUCACUGGCCCGGCUGCCCAGCUUAAAUAAACUUCGAAAGUUGGAACUUAGUGACAAUAUAAUUUCUGGAGGCUUGGAAGUCCUGGCAGAGAAAUGUCCAAAUCUUACCUACCUCAAUUUGAGUGGAAAUAAAAUCAAAGAUCUCAGUACAGUAGAAGCUCUGCAAAAUCUUAAAAAGUUGAAAAGUCUUGACUUGUUUAACUGUGAGAUCACAAACCUGGAAGAUUAUAGAGAAAGUAUCUUUGAGCUGCUGCAGCAAAUCACAUACUUAGAUGGAUUUGACCAGGAGGAUAACGAAGCUCCAGACUCAGAAGAAGAGGAUGAUGAGGAUGGAGAUGAAGAUGAUGAAGAUGAAGAGGAAGAUGAAGCUGGUCCACCUGAAGGAUAUGAGGAAGAGGAAGAAGAAGAGGAGGACGAGGAUGAUGAUGAGGAUGAAGAUGAAGCAGGCUCAGAACUGGGAGAGGGAGAAGAGGAAGUAGGCCUCUCCUACUUAAUGAAAGAAGAAAUUCAGGAUGAAGAAGAUGAUGAUGACUACGUUGAAGAAGAAGAAGAAGAGGAGGAAGAAGAAGGUCUUCGAGGGGAAAAGAGGAAACGAGAUGCUGAAGAUGAUGGAGAGGAAGAAGAUGACUAGAUUAUCCUAAGACAAGAUUCCCUAACGUUCCUGGGUGUGCAAAAGAGUGAUCACAUCUUCUUUGUUUCUUCAUGUACCAUAGCUAUCCUUACAGAAGAUAACGUGUAACUUUUUAUAGGAAAAGUGUGGUUUUACUAUUUUUGCCUUAUCAUUCCAAAUAAGAUUAACUAGUCUGUUAAUGAUCAUAUUGUAAGUAGAGAAAUCUUCAUUGACCCCAUUGUGAAAUUCCCUAGCAAUUUAUUUAGAAUCUUAACUUUUCUAAUUAAAGCUCACUGUAUUAGCCAAUUUUAGCAUAAUUAAAACAUGAUCGCUUUUACACAGUGUAGUAUGGUGCAUUUCAUUCAUAAGGUUUUAAAGUUAUUUAUAAAUUAACCGAAAUCACAGUUGGCUGGAAUCUGGAAUGAAAAUAGUCUCUUGAAUGAUAGCUUGGUUAUUUUAUUAGAGGUGACCCAGAGAUCUUGUAGUUUGAAGGCAAUGACUUUUGGCUGAGGGUGUUUGAGGUUGCUUUUUCUCACAUGAAUGGUUUGGAAAGUAGGAGCAGAAUAGUAAAGGUUCUAUUCAAGAAUAUAGUUCAUGGCUUUUAUGGAGGUUUCUGAAACCUUUUAAAGCCAUGUGACUAAUAAGAUUUUAGUUUUGAAGAAAAAAUUGCUUAUACUGAGGUCGGAGACAUGUAGAUGUGAGACCUCUCCUGAAGCUGAAGAUCAUGACAUGCCAACAGUUGUGUAUCUUGUUUUAAGUGUGCAUUCUUUGUUUUCCUCUCAGUGAUCACCUCCCUUCCUUGUUUCAUGUCCUUCUUAAAAAAGAGUUGGGAAACUUAGAGAUACCCAGGACAACUUUGUCUUAUACCUCAGCCACCUUUCCAACCUGUCUCAGUUUUAAACAAGCUAAGUGAAAGAAAUUGAGUAUUUUCUCAGAUACAAAUAUUACAAGUACAGUUUUAUGCAAUGGACUGCUUACUAUAAAUCUUGGUUGGCAAGAUGUAUAGACUGUAUUAGAAGGAUGAAGAAAGAAAAGAAACAGAAGAGCCUCUUGGAAGCAGCAUUAGUGUUCCUCAAAAGUCAGAACAAUUGCCUGUUGAUAAUGAAUGAGACAUUCAAAUCAGAGUAGCUUCCCAAAUGAUUUAGAUACCACUCUGUUUCUAAUCUUUCUGAGUAGCCCCUUUAAUUAUUCUUCCUAUAGUUUUAAAGCAUUACCAAGUAUAGCAUUUAAUUGGAACUUACUGGAUAUUUGGAAAGAUGUUUGAAACUAAAUAUUAAAAUUUCAAUUUGUUUUCAAGUGGAUGUCCAUUAAAAAUAGAAAAAUAUCUGGGAUUAAGUGUGAGUGUGUGUUUUCUUACAUGGCUACUAAAUAUAAUAUUGUAUGAGUAGACAAGUACAUCUCCCUUUUUUUGUUGUUGUGGAGGCUCCAUGUUCAAGGCAGUUACUUUUUACAUCUCGGCUAUCAAAUUUUUUCUCCCUUCAUUUUGAAUAUUUGUAAGUUUUUUUAAAAGUUAGUAUCAAAUUAAUUGAAGUUGCACUUCCAGACUUGGAUGUGUUUAUAUUACUGAGUAUGGUAUUGCUUCUCUUUUUUAGUUUGAAAUGUAUGACUUGGAGUUUUAAAGUGAAAAAUGACAAAGUUAUUUGUGGAUAAACUAAAAAGGUUGCUUAACUGAAAGCUGUUGGUAUAAGUUUAAUGUGGGGGUUAGAAUCUCCAAAAGGCUAACAUUUUACUCUUUCAAAACAAUUAUAAUGCCCUGUUUUAGUCCCUAAAAAUUCUCAUUGCAGAAUAUGCCCGCUUAUAAAAUUCUUAUUUUGAAAAUUAAAUCUAUAUGUUGACUUCCUUAUCAAUCAUCUUGUUGUGCAAUCAAAAUUAGAGUUCUUUGAUUUGAAAACAACACUUAGAGCCUCCAAAUAACUUUAAGAUUUGUUUAGCUUUGUGGGUGGUAUUUUCAUGCGAAUAAGUAAGGGUGGGUUUUAUAUCUUAUAGAAGUUUUUGGUCCUAUUUUAAUGCUCUUUGUAUGGCAGUAUGUAUAUAGUGUGCUAAAUUCCUCAAAGCUCUCCUUAAAAACUUUGAAGUUAAUACUUUUGUGCAACUGUGUUUUGAAUAAAGCCAUGACAGUGUUAAAACAAACAAAAAAAUGCAGUACUUCUGACUAUUCUUUUAUUGUUUCUGACUGUACUGUUUUUUUUUUUUUUCUGUGACUGCUGUUAACUUAAAGUUUUGAAACCGAAUUGCUUCAAAUAAAUUGAAGAUUUGUUGUUAA